AGCUCGCCGUGCAUCGACAGCGGCUUCCCUCAAUUUAUUUCAUUCGCGGACGAGGGAGAAAUAAGACGGCAGAAAUAAGGCGGAUACCGGCGCCCUCUCUCUCUCUCUCUCUGUCUCUGUCCCUCUCCCUCUCUCUCUCUCUCGUGCAGUUUUGAAGAAGACGCCCCCUCCCUGCACCUGCUCCACUUCGUCUUCUCGUCGUCUCGCAGGAGUUGAGCCUCUUGCGGAGUGAGCGGACGUCGCUUCUUUCAUUGUUGUUUUGAGCAUGACUUCGACGUACGACCUGGAUUUCCACCCUCUUUCCGAAAGUCGGUUAUUGACUUCGAGCGACUCAAUCAACGGAAACGGCAGCAAGAUGAACGGGUCGCUGGAGCACCUCGACCAGCCAGACCCGGACUCCAUCAAGAUGUUUGUGGGACAGAUUCCCCGCUCCUGGUCAGAAACAGAGUUGAAAGAACUAUUUGAGCCCUUCGGAGCCGUGCACCAGAUCAACAUCCUCCGUGACCGCAACCAGAACCCUCCUCAGAGCAAAGGAUGCUGUUUUGUAACUUUUUAUACAAGAAAAGCUGCACUGGAGGCCCAGAAUGCACUGCACAACAUAAAGACCUUAAGUGGGAUGCAUCAUCCUAUCCAGAUGAAACCUGCUGACAGUGAGAAAACAACUGCGGUAGAAGACAGAAAACUCUUUAUCGGGAUGGUUUCUAAGAAGUACGGCGAGAACGAGAUCAGAAUGAUGUUCUCGUCCUUCGGACAGAUUGAGGAGUGUCGGAUUCUGCGGGGACCUGAUGGUCAGAGCAGAGGCUGUGCGUUUGUCACAUUUGCUACCAGGUCAAUGGCACAGAAUGCAAUCAAAACCAUGCAUCACUCUCAAACUAUGGAGGGCUGUUCCUCACCUCUGGUGGUAAAGUUUGCCGACACACAGAGAGAUAAAGAGCAACGGCGCCUGCAGCAGCAGCUAAUGCAGCAGAUUCAGCAGCUCAACAGCGCCUCCACCUGGGGAAACUUGGCUGGACUGGGCAACCUUACGCCGCAGUAUCUUGCUUUGCUGCAGCAGGCCACAUCGACCAAUAACCAAGGCAACUUCAAUGGAAUUCAAAGGCUAGGAGCUGGUGUGAAUCCGCUCCAGCUGCAGAACUUGGCCACAUUGGCGGCGGCCGCCGCCGCAGCCCAGACUUCCAGCAGCCCGACCUCGACCAGCGCCCUGUCCACAAGCAGCGGAGCGCUGGGAGCUCUGGCCAGUCCAGCAGGAUCAACUGCAGCGUCCAGUGCCGGUGCAGCCAUGAACACCCUGGCGUCUCUGGGCACCCUGCAGGGUCUCACUGGGACCUCUGUGGGCCUCAACAACCUCAACGCUCUCACCAGCAGCGUCGGCGGUAUGGGGGCCAUGAAUGGCGGUUUGGGAGCCUCCAUGGCCAACGGGUCAGCAGCCAGCUCCAUGGACGCUCUGACUCAGGCCUACUCAGGGAUGCAGCAGUACACAGCCUCGGCCCUGCCCUCGCUCUACAGCCAGUCUCUCCUGCAGCAGAGCCUCGCAGGCAGCCAGAAGGAAGGGCCAGAGGGAGCCAACCUGUUUAUCUACCACCUGCCCCAGGAGUUUGGGGACCAGGAUCUCCUGCAGAUGUUCAUGCCUUUUGGAAAUAUGGUGUCUGCCAAAGUCUUCAUUGACAAACAGACCAAUCUGAGCAAGUGCUUUGGGUUCGUCAGCUAUGACAAUCCUGUGUCCGCACAAGCCGCCAUCCAGGCCAUGAACGGUUUCCAGAUCGGAAUGAAGAGGCUGAAGGUUCAGCUGAAGCGUUCCAAGAACGACAGCAAACCCUACUGAUCCUAGCCCCGGGGCCUCCCCCCUCCCCAGCUCUAAUGCUAGCACUGCUAGGGUAAGUCCACCCUCCAGCCAAGGUCACCACAGCAGAGACUCGGUGGGGCAGGGGGAAGACGCCCACCACAGGAGGGGGAAAUUCCUAUUAUGAAAAAAACAAACAAAAAACAAACGAGAAAUGGUUGCAAUGAUCUUUCCACAUUUUGCUGGAUUUCAUUCCUGCGGUUUUAUCAUGUAAUUUGAGUCUGAUGAAAUAUUUUAAUGUAUAUGAUUAUUUAUGACUAUCACUGGAGUCAGUGUUUCGCUGGAGGUAUUUCGUGUCACUGUAUUACAUGGAGAGCAUCAGGUGUGUUUCCAUGCCAUUUCAUUGCCUUGAGGUCAAGCUAGACUGACUGAGGUUGACUAAGGAUCAGUAGUUGUGUCGAAGGGCUGACGCCAGGCCGCGUAGACCCCGAGCCCGGCGCUUCAACCUGCGCUUGGCUGUUCCCUCCUUUAGCUCGUCUCAUCCUCGUCAUCAUUGUGAAAAUCUUUUGCACUCUAAAAUCUUCAGCCUUUAGCCCCAUCCUCUCUCUCGCUCUCUCCCUCUCUCUCCGCCUCUGCCCUCCUCCGUCACCCCCGCCAUGUUGAGCUAGGCUACCUCUCUGUUUCUCUAUUAACAACUUCUUCCAGUCAUUCCAUCCAUCCUCCACGUCUCCCACGAGGGACUGGCUCUAGAUGGAUCUCUUUGGGUGCCAAGUAUACAGUUUGUGCAUGUCAGAGUCUCUGCCAUAUGUCCUGGUAGCGUCACUUCCUAAAUCUGUGUAUUGUUUUUGUGUGUGGGGAUAGCGGAGUGCGCCCACUCCUCCGUCCUCUUACUGUUUGUGGUGACUGGCAUUGUUUUUGUUGUGUUUUUGUGCCUCAUGGCUAAACGAUUCUUGUGCCGUGCCCCUAACUUUUCUCUCCUUUUGUUCUCUCCCUCUCUCUUUCUCUCUUCUCUCUCUCUCUCCCUCUCUCCUCUCUCUCUCUCUCUCUCCUCUGUCUCUUCCUUUUGUGUUUUUGUUCCUUUUUUAGAACAAAUCUCCAUGCCUGUUUGCUCAUCAUUAGCCUAGCAUGUCUUCAUGAUGUUGAAAGCCAAGCCAAACUCCUGGCCUCAUCAUCCCACCAUUGUCUGUGAUGUCUCUCUAAGCUCGCCUGACCAAUACCUGGCCACCCACUGACCUUUGACCUUAGCUCAACCUGAUUUUUUUUUUUCUGCAUGUAUAUUUUUUUUUGUUGUUGCUUUUUUGCUUUUUUUUUUUUCUGUAUAGAAAUGUGACAGGUGGGAGAGAGGUCAAGCAAAUCAAUGUGAAAACGUACCUACGUUGACUUCAGUUAAGAGACCGUCUUUUUGUGUUUGCGAAUGUUUUAAGAGAAAAAAAAAAAACCUGUGGGAUUUCUUAUUUUUAAUUUAGCUUUUUUUUAUGUUGCUUUUUUUUUUUUUUUUUUUUUCUUUUUACCUCUCUCAGUAAAAGUUCACUUGAAAGUUGAAUACAGGGAUCGGCACGCAGCUGUGCUACAUGGUGCCAUUAGCAAUAUGUUGGCUUCUUAAACAAACGGCUACAGACCACUUUCCAAACCUUUUUGAAAAGUCUGACCAGUAAAAUCCCUCUCAGUGCUCUGUAACGAUCUCUACAUUUUGCGGGCAGUGUGAAGAUUUACACCAAGGCUAUUUGAAGAUCUAUUUUCUUUUCAUUUACAAAAAAAAAAAACAAAACAAUAUCCAGUGUAUUUACCUUUUUUUCUUUGAACUAUUGAUGGCACAAUAAAAGGUACAUUUGCUCUGUUUAGAGAAAUGCCUACCUACAUGAGUCAACUUUUUUAGAACUGAUUCACAAAUAGACAAUCUGUGGUUUAAAUGCACACUUAGAUUACCUAUAUUUUAUACCAUUGAAUCUAUAGAGGUUUAACUAACAGAACCCAGGCAAAACUGUGGGUUUUUUUGUAGGUUAUGUUGUAAUGUCAUCUGUGUUAGGGAGGGAGGGAGCAGGGGGGUCUUCAGCGCAUUGCAUUUUUAAAGAGGACUAAAAAUCAGUUUGCUUUUUGUGACCCUUCACCGGUCGUCUCUAGUAGAUUUAAACACAUUCAAUCCUAAAUUCCUCUGCGUUAACUCUUAAGUUUGACUUCUGGUUUAAAGAAAAAAAAAAUAGUCCCUUUCUUUUCUUUUUCUUUUCUUUUUUUUUUCUUUUGAAGGGUCAUAUUUGAGGCUAAUUAUUUGUCCUGCAUUUGAAGAAGUGUUGAACUUCUGUGGUACGUCUUGUUGACUUUUCUGUGAAUUCCUCAUGACUAAUUUAAAUACUAGAUGUUUCACUUUGGUUCAGUUUGGAUGCCUCAUGUUUAAAGAGAUGAUUUACGACGUCUGUUAAUCAUUCAGAUGCCAGACAAUGUCUUGUUUUGAUUUCUCUUGUUUAAAGUGCCCAUGUGUCAAACUCGGUGUUUUUUUUUUUUUUUUCAAUUCACUCCACUUUCUUUGCUGUAAUAUUAUCUAGUCUUUCUUUAUACAAGAACACACACGCACACACACAAAAUACACACGUGCAACACUUUCUGUGGGAGCCCCUGAAGAAGAGAACGCGGACAGCUCACACACACAUACUGACACACACAAACACACACACACACACCCUGUGGGCCUCUGCACACUGUAGACUCACACACAGUCUCGCUUUUUAUGCUUAAGUGACUUCUAGCUUCAUGUUUGAGUUGUACACGAUCACAAUGCACAGCACAUUUAAAAACACACACACACACAAACUUCUGACUCCACCACUAUAGUGUUGGUUUACAAAUACAUUCCAUUUUUUCAACACAAAGUUUACACUUUUUUAUCAGGGUGGUAUUUUGUUACACAUCUUUGAAAUGACCCUGGUAAAAACCACUUCACCCCCCCCACCCCUCAAAGAUGGGUUCCCUAAAACUGCGUGUACCUGGUGGCGCUAAAGAGUUGUCAACUCAGGGGUUUUUUUGUGUGUGAAACUACACUCGCACAGGAUUAUGACACAAAAUGCACAAGUAUCACCAUUAGACCUUUUCAGUUUGGAUUUCUUUCUCUCUUUUUUUUUCUUCCUUUUCUCAAAACACAUAAAUAUUCCAAAAAAACAAAAAAUCAACAAAAAAAAAUAAAUAAAACCUUUGAAAGAACGGUACCAAAUUUGAAACAGUGCUUGAGGGGAAGUGUGGUAGUUUUGUAAAGGAAAUGCUAAAAGCACAAUUGUGGGAGCGAAUCACUUUUGCAGAAUGUUGUGUGAUUACGAUCCCCGGAUUUUCAAGGUACCACUGAUUUCUCUUUUAAUAUGGGCAUGUGCUUUUUACGGUGUGUUUUUUCUAUCCAAAUGCAAUACAAUAUUCAAAGUGCCAUAUAUACGUCUAGAAACUGCCUACACAUUCUUAUUAGGCCUUGGUUUAGAGAUUGCUGCAGUUCGCCUUUUUUUGUGUAUUUAUGCCAGUGUCAUGAAAGCUUUUGUCACCUGCUAAUGUUCCCUCUCUCUCUCUCUCUCUCCCCCCCCCCCCCCCUUUACUGUGUGUUGAGUUAUUGGUAAAAUGUGUAUUGUGAUGUACUCAAUUUGAACCGUUGGUUAAGAGGAAAAAACAAAAAAAAACAAAAACACAAAAGUUGUAGAUAAACAAUAAAACUUCCCGAUACAUUUGAGGGUUAACCGUCUUUUUUAGCGGGUGCGCGCGGGACGUGCGUACUGUUACCACUCAGAGUCCGUCCGGCUGCUGCUGUUAAGAUCUGUGUGUGUGUGUGUGUGUGUGUGUAUGUGUGUGUGAGAGACGCUGAAAUGACUACAGGGUGGCGAUCCAGAGGUUAGGUUUUUACUGUGAAAUGGUUCAAAACGACACCUUAGAAAAAUAAAUAAAUUAAAAAAAAAAAAAAAAAAAAAAAAA